GAGCCGGCCGGAGGCUGCGGCAGGCGGAGGGAUGGUGCGCUGAUGCUGGGCAGAGCCGCAUUCCCGCUGGAGAGAGAGCUCGAUACCACAGCAACAAUAUUGGCGAACCGGCAAGAUGAAAGUGAGCAGUCCAGGAAAAAACUUAUUGAGCAAAGUCGUGAGUUCAAGAAAAACACUCCAGAGGACCUGCGCAAACAGGUAGCUCCAUUACUGAAGAGUUUCCAGGGAGAGAUUGAUGCAUUGGGUAAACGAAGCAAAGAAGCAGAGGCAGCCUUCUUGAAUGUUUAUAAGAGAUUAAUUGAUGUUCCAGAUCCGGUUCCAGCCUUGGAUUUAGGACAGCAGCUUCAGCUGAAGGUUCAACGCAUGCACGAUAUUGAAACAGAAAACCAGAAACUUAGGGAAACUCUGGAGGAAUACAAUAAAGAAUUCGCCGAGGUGAAAAAUCAGGAGGUUACAAUAAAAGCACUUAAGGAGAAAAUCCGAGAAUAUGAACAGACCCUGAAGAACCAAGCGGAGAACAUAGCCCUUGAAAAGGAACAAAAGUUACAAAAUGAUUUUGCGGAGAAGGAGAGAAAAUUGCAGGAGACCCAGAUGUCAACAGCCUCGAAGCUGGAGGAAGCCGAGCACAAAGUUCAAGCUUUGCAAACAGCCUUGGAAAAAACCAGGACAGAACUAUUUGAUCUGAAAACAAAAUACGAUGAAGAAACUACUGCAAAGGCUGAUGAAAUCGAGAUGAUCAUGACAGACCUUGAAAGAGCGAAUCAGAGGGCAGAGGUGGCUCAGAGAGAGGCAGAGACCUUAAGGGAGCAGCUCUCAUCAGCUAACAAAUCUCUCCAACUUGCUACGCAGAUCCAGAAGGCACCUGAUGUGGAGCAGGCCAUCGAGGUGCUGACACGCUCCAGCCUGGAAGUGGAGCUGGCUGCGAAGGAGCGCGAGAUCGCCCAGCUGGUUGAAGAUGUCCAGAGACUCCAGGGCAGCCUCACCAAGCUGAGGGAGAACUCCAGCAGCCAAAUCUCCCAGCUGGAGCAGCAGCUGACAGCCAAGAACAGCACACUCAAACAACUGGAAGAAAAACUGAAAGGACAGGCUGAUUAUGAAGAGGUUAAGAAAGAAUUAAAUAUAUUGAAAUCCAUGGAGUUUGCACCAUCUGAAAGCUCUGGUGCGCAGGAUGCAUCCAAGCCGCUGGAGGUGCUGCUGCUGGAGAAGAACCGCUCGCUGCAGUCAGAGAACGCCACGCUGCGCAUCACCAACAGCGACCUGAGCGGGUCAGCCAGGAGAAAAGGGAAAGACCAGCCUGAGAGUCAGCGUCCUGCAACCUUGCCGGCCUCCCCUCCUUCCCAGUUGCUCCGCAACGCGGGGGAGCAGGCUUCCAAUACUAAUGGUACACACCAGUUCUCACCAACGGGUUUAAGUCAAGACUUUUUCAGCUCAUCCCUGGCGAGCCCCAGCUUACCCCUGGCCUCCACAGGAAAAUUUGCACUAAACUCUCUCCUCCAGCGACAGCUAAUGCAGUCCUUCUACUCCAAGGCAAUGCAGGAAGCAGGAAGCACAAGCAUGAUUUUUCCAACAGGUCCAUACAGCACAAACUCCAUAUCUUCCCAAAGUCCAUUACAACAAAGCCCGGAUGUAAAUGGCAUGGCCCCAUCUCCCAGCCAGUCAGAAAGUGCUGGGAGCAUCUCUGAAGGAGAGGAGAUAGACACGGCCGAAAUUGCACGUCAGGUGAAAGAGCAGUUGAUCAAGCACAAUAUUGGACAGCGGAUAUUUGGACAUUAUGUGUUGGGACUGUCACAAGGGUCUGUGAGUGAGAUCCUGGCCCGGCCAAAGCCAUGGAAUAAACUGACUGUGAGAGGCAAGGAGCCAUUUCAUAAGAUGAAGCAGUUCCUGUCGGACGAGCAGAACAUCCUGGCUCUUCGCAGCAUCCAGGGCAGACAAAGAGAGAAUCCAGGCCAGAACCUGAACAGACUAUUUCAGGAAGUACCGAAACGAAGAAAUGGGUCUGAAGGUAACAUAACCACACGAAUCCGAACCACAGAGUCUGGCUCUGAUGAAGCCAUCAAAUCCAUUCUCGAACAAGCCAAAAGGGAGCUGCAAGUACAGAAAACAGCUGAGCCGGCUCAGCCGCCUUCUGCCUCUAGCAGUGGCAAUUCUGAUGAUGCAAUUCGAUCCAUUCUGCAACAAGCCCGACGGGAAAUGGAGGCACAGCAGGCUGCCCUUGAACCUGCCUUAAAAACACCACCUCUAUCUCAAGCUGACAUUUCUAUCCUGUCCCCCAAACUAGUGUCUACACCUGCAAUGUCUUCGGUUUCCAGCUAUUCUCCUUUGGCCAUAUCCCUGAAGAAACACUCAUCUGUCACUGAUUCCAGUAUCUCUGCAUUGCAGAACCUCUCUGGGCUCAAAAAGGAGCCUCAGGAGGCACCUGUUUUAGAGCUUCAUGGAAUAAGUGAUUCUGCCCAGGGUAUGUUGAGGCAUGUUAAAAAUGAGUUGGGACGUGGUGGUGUUUGGAAGGACCAUUGGUGGAAUACUGUGCAGCAUGAGAGAAGAAAUGCAGCUCUUCCCGAAGAUAUAAAAGUUGAGGAAGCCAGUGGUGGAAAAGAAAAGGUCAGCAAUCAGACUAGGCCAGAUCGUAGCCAGCUCCAAGGACCGUCUUCUUCCGAGUAUUGGAAAGAGUGGCCAAACGCGGAAUCUCCGUACUCGCAGAGUUCUGAAUUGAGCAUGACUGGGGCGAGUCGCAGUGAGACACCACAAAAUAGCCCCCUCCCUUCAUCCCCUAUCGUGUCCUUGUCCAAGCCAUCCAAACCUUCGGUUCCUCCACUGACACCCGAGCAGUAUGAGAUUUAUAUGUACCAGGAGGUGGAUACGAUAGAGCUAACGCGGCAGGUCAAGGAAAAGCUAGCAAAGAAUGGCAUCUGCCAAAGGAUCUUUGGGGAAAAGGUAUUGGGGCUGUCCCAAGGAAGUGUCAGUGACAUGCUCUCCAGGCCAAAGCCAUGGAGCAAAUUGACCCAAAAAGGCCGAGAACCAUUUAUUCGUAUGCAGCUCUGGUUGAAUGGUGAGCUGGGACAGUGUGUCCUGCCCGCACAAGGGCAGCAACAAGGACAAGUCCUUCACUCUGUGACAUCAUUACAGGAUUCCCUACAGCAGGGAUGUGCAAGCUCAGAAAGUACUCCAAAGACUUCUGCCAGUUGCAGUCCUGCUCCUGAAUCUCCCAUGAGUUCCAGUGAAUCAGUGAAAAGCCUGACUGAGUUGGUACAGCAGCCCUGUCCCCCCAUCGAGACGAGUAAGGAUGGCAAAUCCCAGGAAUCCAGUGAGCCACCUGCAUCUGAAUCCCAAUCCACGACCCCUCUGCCACUCUCUGGCCACUCAGCACUCAGCAUCCAAGAACUGGUGGCCAUGUCCCCUGAGCUGGACACCUAUGGCAUCACCAAGAGGGUCAAGGAAGUGCUCACGGACAACAAUCUUGUGUGGCUGACAAGCCUAAAAAGCAGCAGAAGAGCCAGGAAAGGUGCCCCAAACUCUGCAUUAGGUCAGCGUUUGUUCGGGGAGACAAUCCUAGGGCUGACACAAGGCUCUGUCUCUGACCUGCUGGCUCGCCCCAAGCCCUGGCACAAGCUGAGUCUGAAGGGAAGGGAACCCUUUGUCCGCAUGCAGCUGUGGCUCAACGAUCCCAACAACGUGGAGAAGCUGAUGGAUAUGAAGCGCAUGGAGAAAAAAGCCUACAUGAAACGGCGGCACAGCUCCGUCAGCGACAGCCAGUCCUGUGAGUCCUCGUCCGCUGGCAUCGACUACAGCCAGGGUGCCAGCCCCCAGCCCCAGCACCAGCUCAAGAAGCCCCGGGUGGUGCUGGCACCAGAGGAGAAAGAAGCUCUCAAACGAGCCUACCAGCAAAAGCCAUACCCAUCACCAAAAACCAUUGAGGAACUCGCCACGCAGCUCAACUUGAAAACCAGCACCGUGAUCAACUGGUUCCACAAUUACAGGUCCCGCAUCCGCCGGGAGCUGUUCAUCGAGGAGAUCCAAGCCGGGAGCCAGAGCCAGGCCGGGUCGAGUGACUCCCCUUCAGCCAGAAGCAGCAGGGCGGCCCACAGCUCCGAGGGGGACAGCUGCGACGGCGUGGACGCGGAGGGCCCUCCCGACGGCAAGCCCAGCGGCCCGGAGGCGGACGAGUUCAGCAAUGCGGCCGCCAAGUCUCAGGGAGGGCCCGCCGAGCCGGCUUUCGAGGCGGGGGAAGAGGCACUGCGAGGCGCCAGGCCUUCGGAGAGAGCGGAGCCCGAGAGCCUGGAGGACACCGACGACGAGGGCCGGCUCAGAGCGCCGCGCCAGAGCUCCCCGCCGGCACCGCAGCGCCCGGGAGACGCUCUGGAGACACUGCCAAACUCUGCCACGGAAGGGGAUGCCUCUACCUCAGCUGCCUCCACCUCAGUCCUUACGGGGGAGAGCUCCUACAAGUCAAAAGAAAGUUCAGAGAAAAUCUCCAGUGUGCCAAGUACGAGCUCGACGCCGGCCUCAGGCUCGCAGAAAGCCAACUCUCUGCAGAGCUUGUUCGGCUUCUCGGAGGCGGCGAGCUCCAGGAACACGCGAGACAGCUCCCUGAGGAAAAAGAAAGCGGCCAACUUGAACAACAUCAUCCACCGCUUGGAGAAGGCCGCGAGUCGGGAAGAGGCCGUCGAGUGGGAGUUUUGAGAUUAAACUGGCCCAACUCGGGAGAGCUGGGAAGUCAAACUGGACCUCUACUGGUUUUAUUGUGUUCGCACUUAACCGCCCUGCGGGCCACAGGGCAAAAACGCCAUAGGCCAAGGUGCAUAUAGAAAUCAAAAAAAAAAAAAAAAAAAAAGGAGCGUUAAGCCCAAUUUAUGUUUGUGUUUUCGAGGAAGAAAACUGAAAUGUGUAGUCAAGCUUUUUUGUACCCUGAAGUGUUUUUAUUAUUGCCCUAAGUGAUUUCCACAAUUUCUGGAAUAACUCAUACAGCUUUGCCUUGUGCCCUCCUCUUUGGUGUGGGGCUUUAAAAAAAUGAAAAACAGGAAAAAAAAAAAAAAAACCUAAAAAAAAAAAAUCUUAAGAAAAAAAAUCAAACCCACAUAUUAAAAGGGGGCUUUUUAUCUGCCAUCUAAUGGCUACAGAGCGAUAAUACACUAUUAUCUUCUUAAACCAGGAAAAAAGGGGAGAUUUUUCAAGAAAAAGAAAAAAAAAGAAAGUUUUUUGUAGCUGUUCAGUUGCCACUAAGAGAUUGCACAGUCAACCGACUCUAAACACACUAGUUUGGAUUCCUACAUAUUUUCAAGAAAAGAAAAGAAUCUUGUUGUUUGAAACUUUGAAUUAAAAAAAAAAAAACACAUUUACUCCACAUAUUUUUUAACAAAACAAAAAAAAAAAGUCACAUCAGGAAAAUAUCUUAAUUUGUGGUAGCUGACUUAGUGUUUUCUUGUAAGUGAAAUAGAAUAUUGACACGUAGUGCACAUUGUUUCAUAGCUUUAACUGAUUCUGGUCUUUUGCAGCCCAGAAUUUGUUUAAUACACUCCAUUUUAGGCCAAAUCAGGACAAAAAAAAAAAAUCUGAAUCUAGGUAUUUUAUAAUCUGCUUUUUAACCUCUAACCACAGAGCACGCUGAUCAGACCUCAUAUCUGGGAGGUUUUAGGAGACAACUUAGAAGCAGCAUGUACUUGAUCAUUUCACUUGGUUCAUAAGUGUACAGGAUUUCCUUUCAGCAAAGACAGAUCGCUCCAAAAACGUUGGCCAGUAACAUUUCAGCCUGCUCCUUGGGGGCCUAGCCCGUAUCCCGAACAUUCAGCUUACCUGGAAUCCUUGGGAACGCAGUUCACGUGUCCGAUUGCUGUCACACACCACUAAGAGGGACUGGAGCUGCUGCAGACCCAGCCCUUUUCCUGCUGUUGGUGGCCAUUUACUGACUCUCUUCCCACCACGAGCACUGAUUUUAAAUACGAUUUAGUCGUGGGAAGCUCCUUUCUUUUGCGUGGAUAAAGAGUACAUGGCAAUGACCAGACGGGCUCUUACCGGGGUGGAAGCAGCCCAAGAUCGAAACCAAAACCUUCGUGCUCUCGAAUCCCAGUUGGGCCCGUUCUGCCCUGCAGAAAUACAGCCUUUUCCCAUUAUUUUAUGCACAGGUUAGGGCUGAUCAAAGUACAAAUCCAAUUCUAACUUGUCUCUAACUCCUCCUGUUGUCUAUAUGUAUAUGCGUGAGCAUAGAGGCGUGUGGAAGGAUGUGUGUGCGUGGGUGUGUGCGUGCAAUUUUAUACGUCUGUGUAUUUUCUUACGUACUUGUGCACACAUAGAGUGCAUUACUGCCACCUUUUUUCAAUAAGCUGUUUUAUCAGUUAUGGCUUCUACAAGUUUGCUAAUUUAGACUCCUUUAUUGCCAUAUCUUUAAAACUAACAAUAGAUGAUUUCGGAAUAUAUAUAUAUAUAUAAAUAUAUAUAUAUAUAAUUUUUUUUUGCUUAUUUAUAGGUGCUGUAUUUUAUUAUCUGAUUGUUAGGAAGGGAUGAAAGGGGGCAAAUAUUCUUUAGAGGGAUAGACUGCCGGCAGUAUUGGGUAUAAUUUACAAGAUGUAGUUGUCAUACUGUAUAUUAUUGAUUGAAGACUUUUUUGACCGUAUUGUGUAUCAUUGAACUUUUGUCUUAGGUCAGCAUCUUUUUGAUGACACUUUAAUGGUGCAUUCAUUACUUCUUAAGUUUAAUUAAUAUUACUUUUCUGAUUUUGGGGGAGGGAGGGAUGGGGGAGAGGAGUUCCGACUUUAAAGGUAUGUUCCCAAUAUUACACCUCAGUGUGCUUGUAUUAAUUCAUUAGUAGGAUUUUUGACUGUAAGAUGUGAAACCACAUUUCUUGCAUGAUGUUUUAGAACUUAUGUAUUUCAUUUACAGUCUCUUUAACAUGCGACAGCAGCACUUAGCGCAAGUUUUCACAAAUUUAAGAAUCAGUACACUAAAAUCCAUCCUUCUCAUGACUAAGGAAAGAAGGCUCUAGGAGGCUGAAAGGCAGGGAUUUAUUUCCAAUUUUCACUGCUAGCUGUUUCAGGAUUCCUCCUUGGGUGACUGGGGACUCGUGAUGCCAAACUGAAGCUGAGGAACGGAGAGAGAGCAGCUGCCCCUUUGUGUGAUGAGCUGAGGUCUGAGUGGCAGUGACAGACACCAGGGUGUCCUGGCUUCCCACCGGGAGCGUGGCCAGUCCGUGGGAAUGGGGUGAAGCCAAGGGUGACCUCUCUGUACCUGUCCAGUGUCCUGGUCUGACUUCCAAAGCACAGCUCCACGGAUAAACACGUCCUGGUAGGAGUUCACAUACCUUAGUACAAGUCACAACGAGCUGCGUCUCCAGCCAAGAGCAAAACUUCUGCCCAGGAGACGCAGAUAUUUUCUUAGCUUCUUUAAUUAUUUUUAUUUUUUUCUUCAUUGUUGUUUGGUUCAGGUUGGGAUUUUUAAUUAAUUCUGGCAAUACACUUGCCAGUCUGUUCCUACUGUCCUUGUCUGCUGAUUUGAGACCCAGGUGCUGGAUGCAGUCAAGUGGUUACUCUCAGCUUUCUCCAUAGUGAGGGGUUUUUUUCUGUUUGAUGAUUCUUUUUAAUUUUUUUUUUUUUUAAGUUAAUAUUCCCCAAACUGUUCUUGUGCCUGUGUCUAUCUGAUUGCAUUCCAUGAUGCUUACUGAGAGCUCUGGCUGCAUUGUACGACAGCAGAACUGUGUUCACAGGUUGCACGCAAAUGCAGCACUUAAGGUCAAUCUCUCUUCUUAAUAAGCAAUACGUAAGUGCCUUGAAACAUAUCUUCUUUUUUUCCCCCUGUUUAUUUUUGGUUUGCUUUUCACCAGUUCCCACUAGUUCUUUAGGAUUCUUUAGCGUCUGCCCAGUUUUUAAUGCUGUCAUGAUUUUUAAAAAGCAUAUCUGUAGCUUGCCCUAGAGGAAAUCUUUCUUUCAUAACACUAACCGUUAAUUCUAAGCUCCAUUAUUCCAUUUGAGUCAUGUAAUUUUGCUGGAUAAAGACAGCGUUCAGAAGUCAGAAGUCACUCCAUCCUGCCAAGCGUUGUCAUUGGGAUCUAUUAUAAAAUUAAUCAAAUAAAAUGCUGUCAGUAUUUCCUAUAUUUUUGGCACUUUAUUAACGGCUUAGCUCCUUUUGCUGUUUCAUAUUUAAUGAUCUGUGUUGAAUGUGGAUUAGCCUGCUGAGAUGCUGUUGGGGUGAUCUCCUGCCCGGAGUCCCUUUGGGUUCCUUGCUCACCCCCUGGUUGGAGGGCAGGGGCCGAGGAGCACCCUCAGACCUGGAGCUCAGAGAUGCUCCUGGGGUUUGUCCUGGGCUUUAGCUGAGGUCACAGCUGCUUUUCUGUUCAGUGGAAAGUCAGAUGGAUUCGUUUUUAAUUGAACUACUGCUGAGGUUCUCGGGUUGGACAUGAGUUACCUGCUGGUGUUUCUGGCUAAGGCCCCCCCAGUUUAGAGGCUGAACUUACACUGCAGGGUGUGAGUGAUAGUUGGGAUUAAUUUGGAACUCACCCUUGGGAGGAAAAUGUGCUUUGGAAUAACUUUUUUUUUUUUUUUUUUACUUAAUUCAAAGGAUAAAAAGUUAAAGGAGAAGAAAUGCCAAAGAGCAGCACAGAGGCUGUCAUCCCUUGGGUGCUGAUUCCAGGGGAAGGGAAUGUGUGAAAUGUGUGACAUGGGGCUCAUCUCCCAGGGCAGCAGAGCCCUCCUUGCUGUCGUUUCUUUUCCUGAUGGAUAAAAGCACAGGCAAUUUUCAGGAAAUCCAUCAUGCCAGAGUCUGUUUUUCCUGAGGUUCUUUAAAAGCAUUUUAUUUUCUCUCUCUGUUUCCAGUUCCAUGCUCUUACCUACACUCUGCAUGAAGGGCUGGGAGUGUUUUAAUAGAAAUACAUUUAUAUUGCAGUUAAAUUGUUGAUUUUUCUCUCUGGAUGAUUAGGAAAGGACAAAAGUGCAGUGCUUUGUUUGCUAAAAGCCAGGAAAGAGUAUCCCAUGACAGAAGGGUCAUGCAGUGGGAUUGUCAAUACACUUCCAUUUUUCAGGAUACAGAUUUCAGACAACAGCAUUGCAGAUGUUUAUUGGCAGAAAUGCAUUUAAUUACAGGUGCUUUUGAUGCCAUAAAUUAUUUAUUCAUUGGUGAAAUGCCUAUAAAUAGAGCCACCCUUUAAAGGAACCCAUAUCAGUGCACUCUGCCCAUAUCAUGAAUUAGUGAGUCCUUUAGUAAUAAACUCCUUGCUGUAGUAGGAAAGAUCUAUAUUACAGCUAAAAAGAAAAAAGUAUGUGCCUUUCUCAUUAGCUAAAAGAUCUCUGCAUUAUUUUUAUGUAACUUGUUGAUAUGGGAUUGGUAUAGAGCAGGGGGAUCAUGAACAUCCCAGAAUUCUAUGCAAUAUUUUCCAGUCCACUAUUUUUCAAUCCUUUAACAGGAGAAAUAGUAAGUGCAUCAUUCUCGUGGUAAUUCAAACUGCAAAGCUGAUAAAUUGACAUAAGAUAGGAUUGAGGGAAAUGUGAGAAAUUAAUGUGAUGAAAUAGUGGAAAAUGCUAACAGUGGCUGCAGUCCCUACAAGCACAGCUGCCAUCAGAAGUCUGUCAUCUCCCAUUUUAAAAUUAAUAAUUUCCAGUAUUCUUAAAGCUUUUAUGAAUCAGAAUGCUCCUGGCAAAAACAGGGCAGGUUAGAAACAAGGAAAAAAAAAAUAAAUCACAUUUUGACCAUAUAGAAAUUAUGAGAAUACACAGAAAAAAAGUAAUUGGGCAUGGAGACUUUGCACUUGGAUCCAAAAUGUUUUAUUUCAGUUGAAAUCCUGCAGUAACCUGUGCCUUUAGCAGGGUUGUGAGAGAUCAGUGGCUUGGCAGUUUGUUGCAGACUGAAAGUGGAGGGGUGACAUUUUUAACCUGCACAUGGAGGGCACUAUUUUUGCUUCAUUUGUGUCUCUUCCUACAAAGGAGUUUCUGAAAUUCUCUCUGAUUUCCUCUUCGCCCAGUGGAUGUUCUCUGUCUUCAGCCACCGAGUGUGGCCAAGCUCCUUUUGGAGAUUCAGAAACAAGAGGAGAAGAAGUUGGUUCUUAGGUGGAGAGUGGAUUUAACAUUCCCUAAAACCAAGUCAAGGCUUUCCCAUGAGUGUGUGGCAGUUUUGGCUCUGGUGUGACCAGCUGUAGCCUCUUAUCCCAAAAUUUAACUCAAAUGGAUAAAACACUGGCAAAGCAGGACUGGGUUGAUUCCUGUGUUGUUCUGCCUUUCCCUUUCUGCUCCGUGAACAUCAACAUUUUCUUUCUGUUGCAUAUACAAUCAACUUUUCUGAGAAAUUAAAAAUUCUAUAUAAAGGAAAGACCUUUCUCCCCCCUGGCCCCAUCAGUUUAAAAUCUGGUUUUACAUUGCAAGGAGAAUCACUGGCAGGGGAAGUCCAAGAUCUGAAUUUCUUCUCUGAUAUAACCUUUGUAGUUCAAAAGGGGUGAAUCAGUCCCUGUCUCCUUCACAUAUAUUUGAGCACUAAAAUGUAGAAAUAUAAUUUCACCAAUUUCUUCUUUCCUCCUCAUCUCUUUUAUAGGAUAUAUUGACUAUGCCAUAUAUAAAGUAUAGUUAAUAAUGGACUUUAUAGCAAGAAAAGCUCUUUAUACCAUGCCUAGGGAUGGAUUUGUCCUACAUGACCAGGUCAUGGACUGUACCCUACCUUAUUAAUAUGCAAGGAUAAAAUGGUUUUAUGCUCUGAACCUGAAAUUUAUCCUUUUGGAGAAGAUUAGCGUUAGGCCUGUGCACUUAAGUUUUCAGAAAGCCUUAAAAACAGGUGUGCAAGUGGUGCCAUCUCUCUCCUCAGGGAUGAUUUCCCCCCAGCCAAGUGGUACUGUGGCAUAUUUAAUAGCAGUUAUUAGUUAUGAGGUCAUUUUCCAGUGGAAGAAGGUCAUUCAUUGAACUUUAUUAGUGAGGCUUUCACCAGCAUCCUCUGGUACAAUCCAGGACCUGCUUCUCCCAAGACCUGGGCAUCCAUAUCCAUCCCAAAAUCCUUGGGUCUAUGUGAAAUCCACAUUUCUACAACUCUUGUGAAUGGAAAAAAAGCCCUGAUGGGAUUCCUGGCCUUGAUUGUCAUUGCUAUUCACAAACAUCUUCUGGCACUAAAGUGCAUUGAAAGAAAAUGCCUCCUUUUAAAAAAUUAAUAAGAUUAUUGUAUUUUUUCCUUGUCCAGUUCUUCCAUAAAGGACAAUUCUGCCAGUUUCAAGCUUGCUUUACUCACACUGGUGUUGGGAGAUUUUAGCCACAGUUCUGUAGAUUUCUUAUUAUUAAAAUGAUUGUUUUCAUCACAUCAGUUCAGUUUCUUUGGACUUUGAACCAGCUGAGUGCAGAGAGCAACUGAAUCCUUAACCAUAACAAAACAGUGCAGGACCAGUGCAGCAAAGUGAAUACCCCUGUGAUGUCGUGUGUUUGGCUUUCUGUUUGAAUUCCAGGGAUAUUUGUAAUACAUGGUACAAUCUUCAUCCAAAGUUCUUUGGAAAUGGAGAGUCAUGCCCGGAAUUUCCUGCUGCUGUGGUGCCACACCUGAUUUUUGCACAAUUCCUGUGUAAUUCCUGGCAGUGUCACAACAGCACAGCCUCUCUCUUGACAGCAGGAACGGGAGUUUGUGUUCUCUUCUGUCUGUGUGGGUAAUUAAUAUGCAUUUCUGGGAGUUGUUAAAUGUGUCUCUGUGCAUCAUUCCAGGAUGGAAAAGCCCCUCUGUGCAUUUAGCAUUUGUAUGCUUGGUUUUAAUGGUGCAGCCAAAUUUGUGAAGUCAUUUGGGAUGUAGGUAAGCGAGGGCUUAAAACCAAUAUGUAUUUUAAUGGGGAGAGGAUGCCAUUCCCCACUUGUCAGAUCCAUUCCCUGCUGUAAAGAGGGGAUUAGCCACUGGAGAGACCAGGCUGCUGGAGAUGCAUGGGUUUAACUAAUGAGGACAGGGAAGAUCAUGCUCAGAAUACAUAAAAAUGAUCCCAAGGGUCUGAGAUGUGCAAGAGCCAAGGAAUUGGAAAGGAGGGGUCAAACCUCGUCUGUUUGGCUUCCUGCAGGAAGUUCAUAUCCCAGAUAUUUGCACACAUGUAGUGCUCUCUCCUUUAUCAAUGUACAGUGGAGGGUAAAGACGUAUUUCAAACAAUCACAAAACCAGCUGAUGAAAUAAAUUCAAGCCAGGAAUGGAAUUAAAGCAAGCAGCUCAGCCUUGCUCUCCCUUAGCUGAAAAUUCAAGUAUUUGUAGGAAUGAGGUAGAAAUUUUCUGUUAGGCAGCUCCUCUUGGAAGGCGAGUGUCCGUGCUUUCAAGAGAAUAAAUAAAACCUGGCACUUGACUUGCUCUGAAGUACAAUCUUGUCUCCAAGUAACUAGGAAAAAUAUUUUUGCAAUCAGUCUUUCAAUCAGACUUCCCUGGCUUUUAUUAGCUUGUGUUGGACACCCUUUGUGCUGUUUUGAUGUGUUAUUUAUAUGUGGGUAAGUUAUUACUAGCUUUAAAAGUGUUUCCAAAGUAUCUGGUUACCUCUGGGUGCUGGUACAGGUGAUACAGGGAGUACUUGAGCAUCUGGUUUGGAAAGGAGGAGCGUGGGGAAUAAGCAAGGUCAUAUCUGUAUUGUACUUUUCCUUUUCCUUAAUCAGGGCUUCCAUUUCCUUCUCACCUUCUCUAGAGAGAUGGAGUUCAUGGGUCAUUCCUUUUUUUUUUUGUGGGAGAAAGAUUUUAGUCAAGCUUGAAGUGAUUUUAUUUUCACUCCGUAGGCAUAUCAUCAAAAUCCUGUAUGUUGCCACAUUUCCCACUAAGCCUUUAGGUUUUGCUUCCUGAAAUUUACUCUUUCACUACUUGGAAAGCUAUGUGCCUUAUUUCCUAAUCUCUUUGAGGAGAAUAAUCUAAAGCACAGUGAUCUGGCUUGCAGCAUUCCCAGCCACUUUUCGUUUUUUUGGGGGGUGAGGGGGAGCAAACACUGAUGGAGCAUCCCAGUGUCCCAGCACUGGCACGUGCUGGGCUCCCGAGCACAUCCAGCACCGUGUGAGGAGUCUUUGUGCAAUAGAAACUCUGGGUCUGGGGGGUUCCCAUCCCACAGCCAGCGAGGGUGAGCUCUACUUCAGGAGAAUUCACAUUCCUGGGUGGGAGGAAAAAGAAAAUCCCACGUUCCUGUGGGUUGGUUCCUGGGCCAGGACUCAGCCAUCACCCAGCAGUUGAUGCUCGGAGCUCUGUGAGUGUCCACGUGGCAGUUCUGUGUCCCUCUGUGCCAUCAGUCACACCUGCUGUCCCCAUGGCCAGGGCCCUGCUGGCUCUCUCCAGGCACUGUCGAGUCAUUCCAGUGUGGAUUUGGUUUUGUGCAGAACAGACUCUCCCCCUCUCCCACCCCCAACCCGAGCUCGCUCUCUCUGCAGCAUCAGAAGGUGAAAUACACAGAGCUGGUUUGUGAUUAGGACAUCAAUCUAAUAUUUCUGUUUAUGAGAUUAAUUUUUAACAGUUUCUGUUUUUGUCAAGGUUUGUUUUGGGUUUUUUUUUGUUGGAGAUAAACACAACAGGAGUAUUUACAUAUCAUUGGUUUGGGCUGGAAGGGAACUUAAAGCUCAUCCUGUUCCAACCCCCUGCAAUGGGCAGGGACAUCUCCCACUAGACCAGGUUGCUGUCCCCAAAAUGGAUGUUGGAGAAAGCUUGGGAUAUCCUAAAGAUAGAGCAGGUGGUGUUGGCUUGUAGUAUCCAUAUCGUUGUGCCCCUGUUGUGUUUUCUAGAGCAAUCAUUUUGUUUUUUUUAAGGAAAAAAGAAAAAAGUAUUUUAUCUAAAUGCCUAAUAAAUAAUAUUAUUUAAAUAGUUUUUAAAAUAAUUUAGGACUGAGAAUAAGAAGCCUCAGUUGUGAGAGAAGAGACUUAAGAUAUACAGAGAGAGAAAAUACCCUGAGCCUCCUAGAGCCUCUACUGAGAAUUUGCUAAAGACGCAGAGCCCCUGGUCAGAGCACAUAGCAAUUAACUCACGAGUGUUCAUUUAAAAUGAGAGACUGGUUUCCUGUGAUGUUCAUCUUUGUUGGCAUAUGUUUGACUUUCUGAAUUCAGAGCUGAUUUCCUUCUCAUUCAAAAGUUGGUCAAGGGAGAAAAAAAACCAAACAAAAACAAAAAAACAGAAAAAAGUGCAGCAGCAACAAUUCCUGGUGUGAGCUCUGGAAAAUCCACAUUGUGCAUUAUCUGUGGCACAGAGGGGCGGUUGAGUUUUGCUGCUGGGUUGAGAUGUGUUCACACAGGAUUUUCCCUGGGGAGCAGCAGAAAAGCUCCAGGUCCGGGUGGGAACGCGUGGCCGAGCCAGGGCCGGUGCCAGGUCCCCCCUGGCUGGGCACAGGGGAAGGUGCUGAGGCAGCUGCAGGGCACAGCAUCGCUCCUGUGGCUUGGGAAGCAAAUUUGCACUUUGCCUUUCGAGGGUGUCCCACUAGAAAAAACAAAACAAAAAACAAAACAAAAAAAAAAAUACCCAACCAUCCGGCGAAUUUCCAAUGUCAGGUUUGUUUUCCUUCUGGUGUAGUCCAAAAAGAAGCUGCAAAUCAGAAUUAAAAAUGCCCUAGUGUAAGUGUUGGACCAGCUCUGCCAAACAAAAGGUUGUUCCUCUCGGAAUACUCUAUGCAUUUCUGUGGUGAAAAGCAUUUUCUCCCAUUCCUUGCUGGAAAUGCUGUGAGAAUGUCACACGUACGAAUUUGGACAUCGAUCCCAAAGCAGAUGGAGGCUGGGGAGGGGGGGGGUUGUUCUUUUUUUUUCUUUUUUCUUUUUUUUUAAUUGUUCCCCUCAUGUCCCUUUUCAUUUUUUUUUUUUUUAAUUAAAAAAUUAACUCUUUGCAUUUGUGCAAUAACUACUUGCCAUGAGAAUGGGCAGACCUUGGAAAUGCCCCGACUACUAACACAGCACAAGAUGAACUCGAACAGAAAGUGGUGUACUUUUUCCUGAGAACUUUUUUUUUUUUUUUGAUUUUUGUUUUUUUUUUUAAAUAAUAAGCUCAGUUUUUACCCCAGUGUAUUGUGGUGUCUUACAUUUUUAGCAGUAUUUUAUAUUUUUUCUGUAACGCACUAAGUCUUAGAUGUUUUUAGAGCUUGUUUGUUAUAUUCACAAUCACAGAUUUUAAAAAAGAAAAAAGAAAAAAAAAAAAAAAAGAUCCUCACAAAGACCCAAUUGACCAAAAAUAAAAAAAAAACAAAACAACAAAAAAAAAAAACCCACAAAAAAAAAGUGUCAUUUUUUUUGUACAAGUAGCUUUGAGAAGCCCACAUUGUGUUGCUGUGACUCAUCUUUUUGUAACAUUUUAUUUCUUGGUAUUUGUUUAAACAUAAAAAGUAAGAGUUUAUCUGGCUGGCAGUGCAGGGCAGCGCUCCCUCGUCAGCAGACGGCAUUGUUUCUGUCUUUGUUUGGUUUAGCCAUAAAAUGUUUGUUCUCAGCACUGUACAACGGUCCCUAUAUGAUAUGGAGAAGCAAUAUCACUGUAUGAAACUCACACGAUGUAUUAUUAUUAUUAUUCACUAGCACCCUAGGUGUGAUAAUUGAAGUAAAUAUCUUUUAUACAAACACAA